GGGAGGCAGACGCAUGCCCCUUUGGCCUACGUUUCGGCUGCCGGACCGGCGGGACGGUGACGGUUGGGCGGGGCGGGGGCGCAGGCUGUGGGCGGCAAGGCCGGCAGGGCUCGAGCGGGUUGCCUGCCGCCCUGCCCGCACCUCCACGCCUGGCCCGGCCUCCGAGCCGAGCUCCGCCUGGUUGGGAUUAAUUGCACGCCUGUGUGUCAUUGGGCUUUGGCCGGGCGUGAUGGGAUGGACUGUUAGGGGAUCACAUCUUUCCUGCCUCCCCUCUUGUCUGGGGACUUCCACCUCUUGAGGGACAGGCCCUCUCCGUGCUUCCCUCUGGAGCGUCUUGCCAGAGUUUGUUUAGUAAAACGUGAGGACCUCUUCAAGGCAGUCGUUUGCAGAACAGCUGUUCAUAUGACCAUAGUCCCAUUUGCUGUUAGUAUUUUGAGGUCAUUUGACUGGCGUUUUUACUGCUCCAAAAUCAGCUUUUUCUCCAAAUUUCAGCUUUCUGGGCAAAAACGUGAGAUGGAAGAUUUUCGAGGUAUAGCAGAAGAAUCAUUUCCAAGCUUUCUCACCAAUUCAUUAUUUGGUAACAGUGGGAUUUUGGAAAAUGUCACUCUUUCUUCAAAUCUUGGCUUGCCGGUUGCUGUUUCCACACUUGCUAGGAAUAGAUCCAGCACUGAUAACAGGUAUCCUGAUGUCCAGUCAUCUUACUUAGUAGAAGGGAGAUUUUCAGUUCCAUCCGGGUCAUCUUCUGGAAGCCAGAGUGAUGCUGAACCAAGAGAGAGGUUACAGCUUAGCUUCCAGGAUGAUGAUUCUAUCUCUAGGAAAAAGAGCUGUGUGGAAAGUCAGCGUUUGUCAAAUGCUCUCAGCAAACAGUCAGCUUUCCAAAUGGAGACAGCAGGACCAGAAGAGGAGCCAGCCGGAGCUACAGAAUCCUUGCAGAACCAAGAUCUCUUCAACGGGGCUUCACCACUGGAACAAGCACAAGACUCACCUAUUGAUUUUCAUUUACAGUCAUGGAUGAAUGAUAAGGAACCCAAGAUUGCUGUGCUCGAUGCUGGAAAACGUUGUGAAGACAAGACUCAAAACAGUGACCUAAGCCAUACUAGCUUAUUAGAAAAUGAGAGACUUAUGUUCCCGACAAGCUUGGAAGAUUCUUCUGAUGAUGAUAUUGAUGAUGAAAUGUUUUAUGAUGAUCAUUUGGAGGCUUAUUUUGAACAACUGGCAAUUCCAGGAAUGAUAUAUGAAGACCUAGAAGGACCAGAACCUGCAGAAAAAGGUUUUAAGUUACCCACAAAUGAUCUUAGUCAGGCAAAUGAAAACGGUAGCUUAAACUGCAAGUUUCAAUCAGAAAAUAACAGCUCUCUGAUUUCCCUUGAUUCACACUCUUCUGAAACAACUCACAAAGAGUCUGAGGAAAGCCAAGUUUUUUGUCUACCUGGGACUAGUAAUUCUGUAGGUACUGGAGGUAGUAGAAGGCACACAGAUGUUAUGUUACCAUUUUCCUCUGGUACUUGGGGACUUGAGAAAGAAAUAGAAAAUGUGAAGGGUAUCGUUCCAGAUCUUAGCAGUGAAAGUACAAGUAAAGAUGUUCUGGUGAAGACGCUCAGGACUACUGACCUGAAACUUAACUCUGAUAAUUUUCAUGAUGCAAAUGCCAAUAAAGGUGGUUUUGACCCGACUGACCCUGCAAAACAGGGGGUGGAGUGUCCUCAUCAAAAUAAGACAGUUUUGCACAUGGAUGGAUGUUUAGACACUGAGACUCCUACAGUGUCCAUUCAAGAAAAUGUGGAUGUAGCCUCUUUGAAGCCCAUUAGUGACAGUGGAAUUAAUUUCAGUGAUGCCCUUUGGUCACCAACUUGUGAAAGGCGAACAUGUGAACGUCACAAGUCCGUCGAAAAGAGUAAAGACAAAACAGAUCUCCCACAGAGUGUGGUCUAUCAAAAUGAAGAGGGUAGGUGGGUCACAGACCUUGCCUAUUACACAUCUUUUAAUAGCAAACAACAUUUAAAUAUGUCUCUAAGUGAUGAGAUGAAUGAAGACUUCAGAUCUGGUUCUGAAGCAUUUGCUUUGAUUGCACAAGAUGAAGAAGAAUUUAAUAAAGAGCAUCAAUUUAUACAGGAAGAAAACAUAGAUGCUCAUAAUACUUCGGUUGCACUGGGCGAUACGUCCUGGGGAGCUACAAUUAAUUACAGUCUGUUGAGGAAAUCACAUAGCACAUCAGAUUUGGAUAAAGAUGAUGCCAGUUAUUUACGUCUAUCUUUAGGAGAGUUCUUUGCUCAAAGAUCUGAAGCGCUUGGUUGCCUUGAUGGUGGUAACAAUGUGAAAAGACCGUCAUUUGGCUAUUUUAUUAGAUCACCAGAGAAGAGAGAACCUAUUGCCUUAAUAAGAAAAUCUGAUGUAUCAUCGAGAGGUGAUUUGGAAAAAGAAAUGACUCAUCUUAACCAUGAUCUAUAUUCAGGAGAUUUAAAUGAACAGUCCCAGGCACAGCUAAGUGAAGGAUCAAUUACACUUCAGGUUGAAGCAGUGAAGAGUACUUCACAAGUGGAUGAAAAUGAUGUGACGUUAAUGGCUGAUAAAGGCAAAACACAGGACACUUUAUUUAUGAGCAACACACCCCAAAGAUGCAAAGACAAGCUACCAGAUAGUGGUGAUUCUGUGCUUAGGAUCAGCACCAUUGCGUCAGCCAUUGCAGAGGCAUCAGUUAAUACUGAUCCUUCCCAACUUGCUGCUAUGAUCAAGGCACUUUCAAAUAAAACCAGAGACAAGACUUUUCAGGAAGAUGAGAAACAAAAGGACUGUUCUCACGUGUGUCAUUUCUUACCUAAUGAUUUAGAAAAAAGUAAUGGAUCCAAUGCAUUUGAUAUGGAGAAAUACCUUAAAAAAACCGAAGUUAGUAGAUAUGAAAGUGCAUUGGAAAACUUUUCAAGGACUGGUAUGUCUGAUACUUGGGAUUUAUCUUUGCCCAAAGAACAAAUUACUCAAGACAUUCAUACAGUGGACUUAAGUGCUACUAGUGUAAGUGUGAGGGAACCAGAAGAAAACACAGCAGCUAUUGUUUAUGUUGAAAAUGGAGAGAGAGAGAGUCAAGAGUCAUCUAGAACCGUAAAGUCUUCAAUUUCAAUUACAAAUAUGAGAGAGAAUAGCAGUGCAGUAGUUGAUGGGAAGACAUGUUCCAUUGACAACAAAUUACAAGAUGUUGGUAACAAUGAAAAAACUAUCUCAGUUUCCACUCCAUCUGAUAGUUAUUCAUCAGUGAGGAACUCCAGAAUAACAUCCCUUUGUCUGUUAAAAGAGUGUGAAGAAAUACGAGAUAGUAGAGAAAAUCAGAGGCAAAAUGAGUGUGUCAGUGAAAUAAGCAACAGUGAGAAGCAUGUGACUUUUGAAAACCAUUGCAUAGUCUCACCUAAAAAUAGUGAUUUGAAAAGUAUCUCUCCUGAGCAUGGUGGACGUGGCUCAGAGGAUGAGCAGGAGAGCUUCAGACCUUCCACAUCACCACUGAGUCAUUCUUCUCCUAGUGAAAUUUCUGGAACAAGUUCAUCAGGGUGUGCGUUAGAGUCCUUUGGUUCAGCAGCUCAGCAGCAGCAGCCUCCCUGUAAGGAGGAGUUGUCUCCCUUGGCGUGCUCGCCUGCUGGGGUGAGCAGGCUGACGUAUGUGUCUGAACCAGAGAGCUCCUAUCCUACCACAACCACAGAUGAUGCCCUGGAGGACCGAAAGAGUGAUAUCACCAGCGAGUUGAGUACCACAAUUAUUCAAGGCAGUCCAGCCACGUUGGAGGAACGGGCUAUGGAAAAAUUGAGAGAAAAAGUUCCAUUUCAGAAUAGAGGAAAAGGAACAUUAUCAUCUGUUAUCCAGAAUAACUCUGAUACAAGAAAAGCAACUGAAACCACUUCUCUGAGUAGCAAGGCUGAAUAUGUAAAACCUGACUUUAAAUGGAGUAAAGAUCCCUCCUCCAAAAGUGGAAAUCUGUUGGAAACCAAUGAGGUAGGUUUGACAUCAAACCCGGAAGAAGUGGACCUGAUCAGGCUGGCUCUCCUGGGCAAGUCAGGUCUGAGCUGUCAGGUGGGGUCAGCCACAUCACGUCCUGUGUCCUGCCAGGAGCCUGUAGAUGAAGAUCAAAGAAUAAUUCCUAAAGAUAAGUCAACUGCUGGCCGUGAGUUCAGUGGCCAGGUUUCUCAUCAGACCACCUCUGAAAACCAGUGCACUCCGAUUCCCAGCAGCACAGUUCGCGGCUCUGUGGCUGACAUGCAGAACAUGCCUGCUGCUGUGCACGCACUCUUGACGCAGCCCUCUCUCAGCACAGCUCCCUUUGCUCAGCGGUGUUUGGGAACACUCCCUUCAGCUGGAAGCACCACCUUGCCUCAGUGUCAUGCUGGCAGUGCCACAGUCUGUGGCUUCUCAGGAGGCCUCCCCUAUCCAGCUGUCGCAGGAGAGCCUGUGCAGAACUCUCUGGCUGUGGGAAUUUGUCUAGGAUCAAAUGUCGGCUCUGGAUGGAUGGGUACCUCUUCCCUCUGUAACCCAUAUUCUAAUACCUUAAAUCAGAACCUGCUAAGCGCAACAAAACCUUUUCCUGUGCCGUCUGUUGGUACCAACUGUGGAAUUGAACCAUGGGAUUCAGGAAUGACAUCAGGAUUGGGGAGUGUCCGAGUGCCGGAGGAGUUGAAGCUUCCUCAUGCUUGCUGUGUUGGGAUCGCUUCCCAGACCCUCCUCAGUGUGCUCAAUCCAACCGACCGCUGGCUGCAAGUCAGCAUCGGGGUCCUCAGCGUUAUUGUGAAUGGUGAAAAGGUGGAUCUUUCAACAUAUCGUUGUUUAGUUUUCAAGAAUAAAGCCAUCAUAAGGCCUCAUACCACAGAAGAGAUAAAAGUGCUUUUUAUACCAUCCAGUCCUGGGGUUUUCAGAUGCACAUUCAGUGUUGCUUCUUGGCCAUGUUCGACAGAUGCUGAGACCAUCGUACAGGCAGAAGCUUUGGCCAGUACCGUCACUCUCACAGCCAUUGCCGAGAGUCCUGUUAUCGAGGUAGAAACAGAAAAGAAAGAUGUUCUUGAUUUUGGUGACUUGACUUAUGGAGGCUGGAAAGCUCUCCCACUAAAAUUGAUAAACCGAACGCAUGCCACUGUGCCAAUUAGGCUGAUUAUUAAUGCCAACGCCGCAGCCUGGCGCUGUUUCAUGUUUUCCAAGGAACCCGUCCGAGCUCCUGUGGACGUUGCUCCUUGCACUGAUGUGGUCACGCGGCUAGCCGGCCCUUCUGUGGUCAGCCACGUGAUGCCUGCUAGUUAUGAUGGACAGGAUCCAGAAUUUCUGAUGAUUUGGGUUCUUUUCCAUAGUCCAAAGAAACAGAUCAGCUCUUCAGAGGUUCUGGACUCAGCAGAAGAAUUCUCCGCAAAAGUUGAUAUAGAAGUAGACAGCCCAAACCCUACACCAGUUCUUAGAAGUGUGAGUCUCCGAGCAAGAGCCGGAAUAGCUAGGAUCCACGCUCCCAGGGACUUGCAGACGAUGCAUUUCUUGGCCAAAGUGGCUUCCUCAACAAAGCAGCACUUACCUUUGAAAAAUGCCGGGAACAUUGAAGUUUAUUUGGAUAUCAAGGUCCCAGAACAAGGAAGUCACUUUUCAGUGGAUCCAAAGAAUCUAUUCCUUAAACCUGGAGAAGAACAUGAGGUUAUUGUUUCAUUUACUCCAAAGGAUCCUGAAGCCUGUGAGGAAAGGAUGUUGAAAAUACUUGUGCAGCCAUUUGGACCUCAGUAUGAAGUCAUGUUGAAAGGUGAAGUCAUUUCUUCAGGAAGUAAACCUCUGUCACCUGGACCUUGCUUAGAUAUUCCGUCGAUUUUGUCCAACAAACAAUUUCUGGCUUGGGGAGGAGUCCCUCUUGGUCGAACACAGCUUCAGAAGCUAGCUUUAAGAAAUAAUUCUGCAUCUACAACUCAACAUUUACGACUGCUUAUUAGAGGACAAGAUCAGGACUGCUUUCAGCUUCAGAACACUUUUGGUUCAGAACAGCGAUUGACCAGUAACUGUGAGAUCAGAAUUCACCCAAAGGAAGACAUUAUCAUCUCUGUAUUAUUUGCACCUACUCGAUUAUCUUGCAUGUUGGCUAGACUAGAAAUCAAACAACUUGGAAAUCGAUCACAACCAGGCGUAAAGUUCACAAUACCUUUGUCUGGAUAUGGAGGAACAAGCAAUCUUAUUUUGGAAGGCGUUAAAAAAUUAUCUGACAGUUACAUGGUAACAGUGAAUGGCUUAGUACCUGGCCAAGAAAGUAAAAUUGUUUUUUCUGUCCGCAACACUGGCUCCCGAGCAGCUUUUGUUAAAGCAGUAGGUUUUAAGGAUUCUCAGAAAAAAAUUUUGCUGGAUCCUAAAGUAUUGAGGAUUUUUCCAGAUAAAUUUGUACUCAAGGAAAGAACACAAGAAGAUGUUACUUUAAUAUAUAAUCCAUCAGACAGAGGAAUCAAUAAUAAAACUGCAACAGAACUAUCAACUGUAUACUUAUUUGGUGGAGAUGAAAUUUCAAGACAGCAGUAUCGCAGGGCCCUGUUACAAAAACCAGAGAUGAUAAAAGGGAUACUUCCAGAACACAGUGUGUUUCAAAACAUUAAUUUUGUUGAAGCAUUUCAAGAUGAGCUCUUAGUAACUGAAGUAUAUGAUCUUCCCCAACGGCCUAAUGAUGUUCAGCUCUUUUAUGGAAGCAUGUGUAAAAUUAUACUUUCAGUAAUUGGAGAAUUCAGAGAUUGCAUUUCUAGCAGAGAAUUCCUUCAGCCUUCUUCCAAAGCUAGCUUGGAAUCUACAAGCGACUUGGGAGCUUCUGGGAGACAUGGUGGCAACGUCUCUUUGGAUGUUUUACCAGUCAAAGGUCCUCAAGGUUCUCCUCUUCUCUCACAGGCGGUUCGCCCGCCUCCGAAUCAGCCGGCCUCCGAAGAGCCGUGGACUGUCCUACCUGAGCACUUGAUUCUAGUAGCUCCUUCUCCUUGUGACAUGGCAAAAACUGAAUGUUUUCAGAUUGUGAAUAACUCGGUGAGGUUAUUGAGAUUUGAGCUGUGCUGGCCAGCGCAUUGUCUCACAGUCACACCACAGCAUGGAUGUGUCGCCCCAGAGAGUAAACUACAAAUUCUUGUGAGUCCUAAUUCCUCCUUAUCCACAAAACAGUCAAUGUUCCCAUGGAGUGGUUUGAUCUAUAUACACUGUGAUGCUGGACAGAAGAAAAUUGUGAAAGUUCAAAUUCGAGAAGAUUUAACUCAAGUGGACCUUUUAACUCGUUUGACCUCCAAACCAUUUGGAAUUCUUUCCCCAGUAUCUGAGCCUUCAGUCAGUCAUUUGGUGAAACCAAUGACAAAACCGCCUUCCACAAAAGUUGAAAUAAGAAACAAGAGUAUUACUUUUCCUACAACAGAACCUGGUGAAACUUCAGAGAGCUGUCUGGAACUCGAGAAUCAUGGCACCACAGACGUGAAAUGGCAUCUGUCAUCUUUAGCUCCACCUUAUGUCAAGGGAGUUGAUGAAAGUGGAGAUGUUUUUAGAGCCACCUAUGCAGCAUUCAGAUGUUCUCCUAUUUCUGGUCUACUGGAAAGCCAUGGGAUCCAAAAAGUCUCCAUCACAUUUUUGCCCAGAGGUAGAGGGGAUUAUGCCCAGUUUUGGGAUGUUGAAUGUCACCCUCUUAAGGAGCCUCACAUGAAACACACUUUGAGAUUCCAGCUCUCUGGACAGAGCAUCGAAGCAGAAAAUGAGCCUGAAAACGCACACCUUUCCACGGAUUCCCUCAUUAAAAUAGAUCAUUUAGUUAAGGCCCGAAGACAAGCUGUGUCAGAGGCUUCUGCUCGCAUACCUGACAGGCAGCUUGAUGUGACUGCUCGUGGAGUUUAUGCCCCAGAGGAUGUGUACAGGUUCCUGCCGACUAGUGUGGGGGAAUCACGGACACUCAAAGUCAAUCUGCGAAAUAAUUCUUUUAUUACACACUCACUGAAGUUUUUGAGUCCCAGAGAGCCAUUCUAUGUCAGACAUUCCAAGUACUCUCUGAGAGCCCAGCAUUACAUCAACAUGCCCGUGCAGUUCAAACCGAAGUCCGCAGGCAAAUUUGAAGCUUUGCUUGUCAUUCAAACAGAUGAAGGCAAGAGUAUUGCUAUUCGACUAAUUGGUGAAGCUCUUGGAAAAAAUUAACUAGAAUACAUUUUUGUGUAAAGUAAAUUACAUAAGUUGUAUUUUGUUAACUUUAUCUUUCUACACUACAAUUAUGCUUUUGUAUAUAUAUUUUGUAUGAUAAAUUGGAUAUCUAUAAAUGUAGAUUUUUUUUUUUACAAGCUAAUACUGAAGACUUGACUGAAAUAUCAUGUAUCUAGCCUACAGUAUUAUACUUAACUUUUACAGGUACCCAGUCACAGAUGGUAGAAACUGUUCUCAGCGUAGAAAACAUGGAGCAUUAGUGUACGGCUGCUUCUAAAAGCUGUUUGGUUGUAAAGCAGACCUAAGAUUGCAAAUUAAUGUGUCCUGCAGCUAAGAUUACUGGAGUCCACAGGAGUGAGGAUACGUCUCUUGUCAAGCAGUAAUGAUACCUACAAGGUGUUGAUUCAAGUAGAAAAGUGGUUCUUAGGUUGGCAUGGCAGUGCCAACAGGACAGCCAGGAUGUGCUGAAGAGGGAGAGUGAUGGCGUCUGGUUCUCCUGGGCACGCCACACAGGAUGUCAUUGUCAGCCUCCUGGUGUCGACGUCAAGGUAUUAUUUCUGUGGUCUGAAAAGGUGGGAGAGAGACCAAAAGUCAGAGAAUAUAACCAACCCAACACACCGGAAGCUAGUGAAGCCCUCUGAAUGGCUGAUCCCAGGGGGGCGCAACACAUCCUUUUGAUGGAGUUGAGCUCACAGGAGGACAGGAGGAAAAGAACAAGCCGGAUUUUCUGUCCUCUCUUCGUGGAGAAUGGACCCCUCCUGCCCCAGUAGAGACAGAUCCCCCCAGGGCAGACUGGAAAACCUGGCUUCAGUCAUUGCUGAGAGGACUUGCACAUUGGAUAGGGCCAAACCAGAACCAGAACCAGAACCGAAGCAGGCCCCACACCAGCAAGGAACACAGCAGCACAUGGCCAGGAAUAAGGCAGCGCGGGGAGUCAGUGAGGGAAAGGGCUUGUGCCAUGUGGGGUCCGCCGUGGGCUGAGACUGAGUGUGUCUGCAGCAGGUUCAGCAACCUCGAGGCUCGUUGGCAGGUGGAGUUCUGUGGCUUUGCUGGGUUUGAACUGCCGGGUCCAACUGACAUGCGGAUUUUCAUUGGCCUCUGCCACCUCUGAGACAGCAAGACCAACCCCUCCUCUUCCUCCUUCUCCUCAGCCCACUCAAUGUGAAGACGAAGAGGAUGAAGACCUUCAUGAUGGUCCACUUCCAUUUAAUGAAUAGAACCUACAGAACCUGUUCAGGGAGAUACAAAGAAAAACGGGACAUAGACAGUUCCUGCCAUGAGGACUUUCUGUCUACUGGAGGCAUACCUCAGAAUUCAGAUAAUUCUAUGCAAAGUGGAACGCAUGAAGUGAAUGACAGAGCAAUAGGAUGCAGACAGCAUCAACCUCCACUUGAGAGGCUGCGGAAAGUGUCAUGUUGGACAAGACAGCUGAGUUUGUCCUUGACCCCUGGGUGGCUGCCUCUUGCAGUUCCUGGCAUAGGUAGAAGAUGCUUCAUAUGCAUUCAUUGACUGGGUAUGAAAGUGGAGAACCCGGCUAGCCAUCCGGUGGGAGCGGAUGGAAUACUUAACCUGGGGAGCCCUCAAGGGCAGGGUGUCAGGAAUCCAGGAAAAGAGAAGACACUUUCACCGACUGGAGAGCCUGCACCGCUACAACAGGGAGCCACGGGGGCCUUCAAGACUCAAACAGAGAGGCAAACAUGGAUCCCUUAACUGCUCACUGGAGAAUCCAAAGGCUUCGCUCACAGCAGAGAAGCCCUGUGCGUAGCUGGGCUGAGCUUUGGGGCCACAGUCCCGUGUCUGAAGCCUGGAGCGGCCAGAGGGCACUUCUGAUCUCCUCACAGGCCUCAGUUUCCUCUUCAGUGAAACCAGGGUGGAUAAGAAUGGUGUUACCUGCAGAGAUGUUGGGCUCAGAGAUGAGCCAGAUCAUGGAAGCAGAGCAUUAGCCCCUAAGGUGUUGGGUGUGUGUUUGCUGCUGUUACAACGGUUGCAGGUAGGUGAACCCAUUUGAGUAAAGUCCAGCUGGAAUUGAGCAACUCUAUUUUGGUCAUGAUCAGCAAUCCUGUUCCAAAACACACAGCUCCCACCUGGACACCUCCCUCCCUUCCUCUGGCGAUGAGGGCUGCCAAGGUCGGGGCUUCAGAAGGUGACAGGGAGAAUCAGCGGAGCGUCCACUGCCAUCAGCCAGCACUGCCCUACAUCCAAACGACACAAGCAGUGGCAAGGCCUCCUGGGUGGGUCAGCUGGCAAGGAGCUCUGCCCUUGCUGUGGGCUCUGGGGGCGGCCACAGCCACUCUACUGUAACCACAUGCAGGCAUCCUCUGGCUGUGGAGCAGCCGCUGGCCCAUGGCCGAAUGUGCACUCAGCUGCGUCUCAGGGGACAGCCUGGCCAGGUGGAGUCCAGGUCAGUAGAGGAGACGGCCCAGGGAGAGUAAGGCGUGCACAGGGGGCUAGCAGCUCCUACAGCAAGCGGCCGGGGUGGUCCCCCUAUGCACAGGAGUAGUCUCUCUGAGGUCAGUUCUAAGCCACACAUUCCUAAAAACACGGCUGAAGGAACCAUCUGGGAGGCAGAGGCUCUCACCUAAUACCUAGGGGUCCUGGCCUGCCCCAUCCCAUCUGCGCCUGGCAUUGUCCCUUCCUUGGAAGCUGCUACUCCCUGAUUUGUCUCCCUUUGCCCUGGUGGCUCCUUUAGAGCUGGGUCAUCUUUAUUUUUGUAUCCACAGGGCCUGGCACAGGUAGGGGUUAAUAAGUUCACCUGGCUGCCCACCAGCGCCUCGGGUAGUGCUGGCCCAGGAUGAUCGCAUCCCGCUGAGACCCUCCCACCAGCUCUGGGGCCCAAAGGCUCAGCAAGUGGGCUUCAGGCUCUGCCCAGGGCUACGGUUGGGCUCAGGAGACAAAGACCUGUCCUCAGGAAGCCCAAGACUUACAGGAAGGUGCGAGGUGAAAACAACACCUUAGGUUUCCGCAGGGCCUUCAUCGUCAAAUCGCCCUCGAGUAAACUCUUCAACUUUCAGCACCCAGGGCACUGCCAGAUCGGUCAUUCUCGCCUCCACUGCAGGCCAAGGGCCCAGAACUGCUGGCCCAUGGGUCAGAUGCGAGCAGUACCUGGAAGUCACACCCCUCUGCCCUCCCCAGCACACCCCCAACUAUGGCACAGUGCCCCGCGUGCCCCCGAAACCUGAUGGAUCUUUUCACAUGCCUGAAAGGCUCACCUCGCUCCCAGGGAAAAAUUGUGAGCCAGGUACACUCUGGCAGGGAGAAAAUAAAUCCUUCUGAACUUUGGUGCCCUUGUUCGUUGACCACAACUCUCAUGUAUGCCUGUGGGUUUAAGCAAUGCCACUAUAAAAAACCCAUUGCAUAUUUACUGAUUGGUGUGGGAGGCACUGUGCAGGGAGGCCUGGCUCCUGGAGGCUGACUGCGGAAUUACUGUGGAAGGAACUGGAGUUAAUAGUUCUUACCCGUGACUUUUAAACAAAGGCUGUCAGAGAAAGGGAAGAAAGAGAUUUCAUGGAAUAAAGGAGCAAUAUUAUUUUCCAAGUCAUGCUGCGAGCUAAGAAAAUUCUGUUUUCUAUAACGUAACUCUUCAUAACAUGCAGGUAUAAGGAUGACAUGCCAAAUAUAAACACCAUGAUGAAAAUGAGAUAUUCCUCCAUGUGCGUGCAUUACAUUUUGUGAAUUUACAGUAUGUGUUUUCUUCUUUGUAUUUAUAGUUCUUCAAUAAUUAUUACCUCACUAAAGGAUGUGAAGUACAUAAAAGUUGGAACCUGAUUUCUAAUUUUUUUCAGCUUACUUCUUGUAUUUAGGAGAAAUGUUUUUGUGUUUUGCCACUGAGGCGUCCUCCAGAAAUGAGCUGCCCUGCUGGCUCCCCAGAGGAUACUGCGUCCUGCCAGCCAGAUCACCGGGCUACUGUGGGCCCUUUGUGCAAGGGCCCUGGGCCCAGAGCCCAGCAGGAGUCCGAGAAGCUGUGCAGCUGUAGACCAGGCUUGGAAGGAAAAGAGCUAGGAGAAUGUUUUAGGCUCAUUUUGGUUUCAAAAUUAAGUUUUGAGAUUCUUUUAACUAUCAGACAUUUCACCUAAAUUUCAUGUUAACAAUGUUUUAGGAGUUGAUUCUAAAGCCACACAGGUACAAAUACCAAGUAACUCAGGCACAUGGUUGCUCAUCGUGGCCUCAUUUAUAGACGCAAAAGCUGUUUGUGAGCAGGGGUGUGGCUGGGUGAACCACAGUCCACCCACAGUGGGGCUGAGGCCCCGAGGAGGGCCAGGCACUACCGUGCAAGGAUGAAAAGGGAGAGCUCAAAAUGUGGCUAAGUGGGAAAUCAGGAUGCAGAGGUGUGUGUAUUCGAUGCUCACUUUUGCUAAGAGAGGUAGAGAAACACGAGUACGUUCUAGCAACUUGCUUGUAUUCAUAAAAACGAACAUUGGAGGAUAAACCAAAAUCUGCCCGGGAGGGAAAGGACAGAGUGAAGAGGACAAGGGUGUGAGAUGGAGGCUUCUUCUUUCAGUAGGAUUUUGACUUUGGGGUCAGGUAAGUACCAUAUAUUUUUUUAAAAUACUAAAAGCAAGAACAAUUCUUAAAAAUUAAAAAGAAACCGAAAUGAAUGAACCUGUAUGGUUGUUGACAUAUGCACCCAGAGAAAAUGGUUAUUUUAAGAGACUUUAAAACACAGUAUUUACACCACCCAUCCUUAAUGGAAACUCUUCUAGACACAGCAGCAGACCUGCAAAGAGAUAGAGCUUUAACCUCAUUCAGUAGUCUUGUCGUUCAUAGGAACAUGUGAU